GGUUUGCAAAAUUCUGUAACAAUGCUUUGUACCACUUUUGUAUUGUAGUAUCUUAAAUUUUCAAUUACGUGAAGUUUAUGAAACCAUACACAUGGAAUCACGUUUUGUCUAUGUAUAAUACGACCCAAUAGCCGUUGAUCACUGUUUACUUUGGUGGAUGAGUCUGGUUUAUAUAGUUGUUAAUUACUUACUGGCGUUUUUAUCUGACUAAUUGCAAAAAUGGCCACUGUAAGUCCAAGGUCAUUACUGAUCAGAUGCGGAGUCGCGGCGGCGAUAUAUUAUCUCCCCCAAGAUAUGGGAGUCUUGGCAUUACUAGCAAUGAAUAAGCGCUCGAAUUCGAAACAAAUUGCGGGUAGCAUAACAUCUGGACCAUCUACAGGGCAAGUAGAUCGCAUAAUAAAAAAUUAUAUGAUGGACAAAGGCUUCAAUUCAUCAAAGUAUCUCAUAAAUAAAGGUAGAAGAUAUAUAACAGUGGAACUGGCCUGAAUCGCAUUGGUUUAUACAGA